ACGCCCAUCUGCACCACAUGGCGUGUGCUCAGCAACAACAUUGGCUGCACAGAAACAACUCGAAGAAGCUGAACAGCUGUCCAGUCCCCCUCUGCACUCUGACCCACAACUACUCACACACACACAGUGCGCGUGAGCAGGAGACCCAGGUGAAGGCUGAAAAAUCCGGUCCAGUUCCUUCUCCCCGUGUAUCUGGACGGCUAGCUUGUCAGCUAACUGUGCGCGCGUUGGCUAAAAUGAACGGACAUCAGAACGGUUUCCAUAACAACUCGCUCAUCGAUGACGACUGCUUCCUCUUCACGUCUGAGUCCGUCGGAGAGGGACACCCAGAUAAGAUUUGUGACCAAAUCAGUGAUGCCGUGUUGGAUGCACAUCUCAGACAAGACCCUGAUGCCAAAGUAGCAUGUGAGACUGUUGCUAAGACGGGGAUGAUCCUGCUGGCGGGCGAGAUCACCUCCAGGGCCAAUGUUGACUACCAGAAGAUUGUCAGGGACACAAUCAAACACAUAGGUUAUGAUGACUCCUCCAAAGGCUUUGACUACAAGACCUGCAAUGUGUUGGUGGCUUUGGAGCAGCAGUCCCCCGACAUUGCUCAGGGUGUUCACCUGGAUCGAAAAGAGGAGGAUGUGGGAGCUGGUGACCAGGGUCUCAUGUUCGGAUAUGCCACUGAUGAGACGGAGGAGUGUAUGCCCCUCACCAUUGUCCUGGCUCACAAACUCAAUGCCAAGAUGGCUGAAUUGCGCCGAAAUGGAACAUUGCCGUGGCUCCGACCCGAUUCCAAAACUCAGGUGACAAUUCAGUACAGACAGGAUCAAGGAGCCAUGGUGCCGUUGCGUGUCCACACCAUUGUGGUCUCAGUGCAGCACGACGAGGCCAUAUGUUUGGAUGAGAUGCGCAAAUGUCUGAAGGAGCAGGUGGUGAAAGCGGUGGUUCCCAGUGGCUACCUUGAUGAGGAAACCGUAUACCACCUGCAGCCCAGUGGACGCUUUGUCAUUGGAGGACCGCAGGGUGAUGCUGGUCUGACCGGGCGUAAGAUCAUUGUUGAUACUUACGGUGGCUGGGGUGCCCAUGGAGGCGGAGCCUUUUCUGGGAAGGACUACACAAAAGUAGAUCGCUCUGCUGCCUAUGCUGCCCGCUGGGUGGCCAAAUCCCUGGUGAAAGCUGGGCUCUGCAAGCGUGUGUUGGUCCAGGUAUCCUAUGCUAUUGGAAUUGCGCAUCCACUCUCCAUCUCUAUCUUCCACUUUGGGACCUCCCAGAGGAGCGAGAAGGAGCUGCUGGAAAUUGUGCAGAAGAACUUUGACCUCCGUCCAGGAGUCAUCGUGAGGGAUCUUGACCUGAAGAAGCCAAUCUACCAGCGCACAGCAGCUUAUGGUCACUUUGGCCGUGACUUCUUUUCAUGGGAGGUGCCCAAAGUGCUGAAAUACUGACCCCCUCCUCCUAUCUUUGAGCGGGCCUUAGGUGCACUACAGAUACACCUGUAUGUCUACUUCCCUCCUUUCUCCUCCUCCCCCCUCUUCCUGCUCACACACACAGCCACCACAGCCUCUACUUCAUAAAACAACACUUCUGGUAUUCCUCAUCUUUUUAAAUUUAGAAUCUCACUGAAGUUUAGUUGUAUAACGGAUCAGUGGUGGGAAUCCUAUGCUGCUUCUUUUUUUUUAAUGGCAACAUGUUAUUUCCCAUUUUGCCUAACUUCGUUGGGUUAAUGGCAGUCUAGCAUUGCAAAAACAUCAGCGCCGUUCCCUUGACACCCUUAACCUCUGUUUUUGACAUUUUGAUAGAACAAAAAGGGUCAAACACUUCUCAAUUUAUACACAACCUGCUCAUUUCCUUAUUUGCGCUGUCCCUUCAGGCCAUUUUUUUCUGACGUUUUACAGAGAAGUCAGAAGCUGCUAAUGACCUUGUGGUUAUGUUGGGCUGUGCAAUGAAGUCACUCCAUUUUUAAAAAAUUAUUUUGUCAUGAAUGUUCCAUAUGAUGUUAAACGUGUCAAUGUUCUACUGACCAAGAUAUAGACACGAUGCAGUACUCCCUUCCCCCUACCCGAGACUGACUCUGGGUGUAGCUACAGAGAAACUCGACUCAGUCACCUCUGGGUAGGGGCUGCAUUCCUCCCAUGGCUGAAUCAUACUUUCAUUUAGAGAAUGGUGUUCGACUGUUUGUGAGACCUAAUAGUUUGAGGGACAACUGAGUGAUGUGUAAAUCUAAAAGCUGUUUUCCUCUCAGUUGCACAUUAUCCCACUGCUCUUAUUGGCAAGACCUGCCGUGUGAAGCUGGUUUAGGCUUAGAGAGCGAGGAUUAGUUCAAGUUGGGCAUAGACCUCGAGUAGUUGUGGGGGGGGGGGUCAGGAUAACCAAUUGGUCAGGGCAUAGGACUCAAAACAAAUCAAGGAACCAGUACCUCGUGGAGCAUUGGCACAGAAGAACAUGAAGAGUAGAGCCAAAGACCGACCAAGAGCCACAGUUAGCGUAGUGAAUGUACAACAUCGUAUUACUGCUCUCGUCUUCCCAGCAGAGUUAGUUUUGUACACAUGAGGAAGUGGGACCGUGAGAAAUGAUUCACAAACAUAAGGGUAACAUAUUCCCUUAUGUUUGUGGAUUUGGAAUCUUCCACUGGAAUUGCACCAAUUGUUACCAAAAGUGAAGAGGUCUCUAUUUUGGUGAUCAAUGUUUAGGAGUUCCAAAAUGAGUGUUGAGCUUGCAGCUUUUCUUUUUUGUAUUUUUUUUUAAUUUUAUUUACUUUUUAGUAGUUUUUAAAAGCAGUCUUUACACUGUACCCAAAGGAUGGUACAAGUCUCAUAUUUCCUGACUAGUUUGAAACCAUCCUGAUUUGUCAAGAUUGUCCCUGCCGUUGUUCUUUGAGGAAAUCCAGAUAAAGAGAGAAAAGAUAUGUGCCAGGGACUCUGGUCAGAUAUGAUGUUUUGAACACUCAUUAUAUGCUUCCCCCGUUUCCCUUCUCCUCAACCUGUAUCCUCACAAUAUAGUUGCAGAGUUAAGCCUAAGCCAGCUGUAAGACUGAGUUAGGUUAGUAUUCAUCUUAAAAUCACCGGUUGGUACGUUGUCUGAGCUGUGUGUCUAAAAAUGUCUUCAUUGUGUAGCUAGGUGGCACUGUGUCCUCGCAUAUAAUACUGAGAUUCUGAUUUUCUUUUUUCUACUCCAUAACACGGAUAUCUCGUCUUGAGCUUGGCUGCUGUGCACUCAGCUUGAGUGUGCUUCAGAGAAAGCUCCGAUAGGAUCCCUUAGAGUGGUGCUGAGAGCAUUUUAAGUAAUCUGUCUGAGUGGUCGUCUGGUGAGAUGGCUCAACCUCCCAAAGAUCUUUUUUACAAUAUGUUUGCAUCCUCCUGCUCAUCCACAGACACCAAUGAUUGGUUGGUGUUGUACAGAGAAACCAGCCUGUUUACAUGGUCUCCUGUGGGGGGGUUUGUAGGUUUAUUUUAUUUCUUUUGAAUCAUUUUUUAAAAACUAUUAGUAAGUCUGUUAGUGUGGCUGCUGAAUGUGAAAAAGUGCCUGUUGAAUCCUCCCCAUGUGUCUACCCUGAGGUUGCUAACUCUCCCUCUUCAAUAAUUCAUACUGAGGAGUCUGAUUUGUGGCGUUUCUCUCUCAAAACCUUGGAAAAAUAAACUGCACUCUUCCCUGUGCUCAUUG